GAACUUGUGACGGCAUCUUCAAUCAAUGAUAGGGUCCCGAGUAUGUACUACUAGUAGUAUGUACCUAGAUAGAUGUAUGUAGCACAGAAGUUUGCGCUCGGAUUUCGUCGAUUUACUUUGCGGGGAAGUGGGGGGCCGAUUCAGCCCACCCUCUUGCAAGGUUGAAAGCUCUCUAGCUUCCAGCGUAGCUUUCCUGCCACUGCCAGCGCUUCAUCUCGAAUCCCAAGAGCAAUUAGACUUGCAUACGUCAGUACGAUCAUCUACAACUGCGACCCUCGAUCUACUAGCUGAUCCUUCCCUGACGUAUCUGAUAAGCCGAUCCUAUCGUUGCUUUUCCUUCACCUACUAGAUACAUAGGAAUACAUUAAUCAAGACAGUCAAUCACCAAUGCACUGUUCUCUCGCCAUCAAACACGCUUAGCAUAGCAUAGCAUACAAGAAGUUAACCCACGUCAUCAACUCAAUUAGAAGAUAUCCAAUUUACUACAGCAACAAAAUAACCAUCAUAAUCAUGGCCACACAAGCGAUGGCAGACCUAUCACUAGACCCUCCCGCCAAACCAAAGGUCAAGUCAAAGGCCAAGAAGGCAGCACCAGUAGCCGAGUCUUGGGAAGACGAAGACACCGAGUCAGACUCGGAAACAACCGCGGCGGCGGCAGCAGCAGCAAAAACAGCAGCAGGGACAGGGCUCUCCUCGCCCUCGUCCGAAAGCGAGGCCAGUCGAAUCGACGGCUCCGGGUUCGCAGCACCCCCACCCACGCCCAGCUCCCCCGCCUCCUACACUGCCGCCUCCCCCGCCUCCUGGCGCCAGCCCGUUGCCGUCUCGCCGGCGUCGUCAAGGUCGCCGCCGCCGCCGCCGCUGAGCGACUCGGUGGCGGAGAAGAAGAGGCCGGAGAAGACGGACGCGGUGGCCCGCCGCAUGAUUGCUAGUGCCCUGGGGGUGCGGGCGCCGCGGCCGACGGAGGAGCAGAGGGCGUAUGAUCGUGCCGUGAGGGAGAAGGAGAGGAAGAAGCGCGAGGAGGAGAGGGAGGCGGAGAGGAGGAGGCAGGAGGAGGCGGAGCGGGCUAGGGCGGCGAUUUGGGAGGACUGAGGGCUGUCGUAUGGUCUUGCUUGGCUGGUUGGUAGGAUUAGUAAUAACGCUGGGACGGGUAUAGGAAGCUUUGUUUAUCAUCCCGCUUCCUUCCUUCCUUUGAAUAUUACGCUGGAUUAGCAGGGGGGACUAACCCGUAAUACAAAAAAUCGUUAACUCCUCUCGAAAGAGUCCCAAUAAAUUCGAACGAUAAGUGGCACUGAAGUUGGGUUGUAUGACAUGUUCGUGGAUAACUUGUUCUUCGAUAUGGUUCAUGUGAGAUAGGGAAGAGGGCUGAUUUACAUUGGAGAUAUUUACUAUACUAGGUACCUAGGCAAGGAGAUCAUAUUCGUCGGCGUAUAUUCAGGCUACUUGGGCCAGCAUUGGCACGAUAAAUAAGCCUCGCGGUUCAAAGAGAAUAAUAGACUUAGCAAAAUAUGCCAGAA